AUGGCACCCAAAAAGAACAAGGCAACCAAAAAGAGCAAGGGAGACAUAAAUGAUAUGGCCCUGAUGGUUGAGAACAGCCCCAUCAACAAGAUUAACGGGCUGAACACUCUGCUUGAAGGCGGAAAUGGCUUUAGCUGCAUUUCGACUGAAGUCACUGAUUCUGUGUAUGCCCCGAACCUCCUUGAAGGUCUGAGCACCAUGAGAAACGAAAGCUUCCUCUGUGAUCUAACAGUUGCCACCAAAUCAAAGUCAUUUGAUGUGCACAAGGUUGUCAUGGCCUCUUGCAGUGAGUACAUUAGAAACAUCUUGAAGAAGGACUCGACCCUCCAGAAGAUAGACCUGAACGACCUCUCACCGGUUGGCCUCGCUACUGCAAUUACGUACGCAUACUCAGGAAAGCUCACUCUGUCGCUCUACAGCAUUGGCAGCACUAUUGCUGCAGCCAUGCUGCUGCAGAUUGGCACCUUAGUGAAGAUGUGCAGUGACUUCCUCAUGCAGGAGCUCAGUGUGGAGAAUUGCAUGUACGUAGCCAAUAUAGCUGAUGCCUACGACCUCAAAGAAACCAAGGAAGCGACUCAGAAGUUCAUGAGAGAGAACUUCAUUGAGUUUUCUGAGAUGGAGCAGUUCCUGAAGCUAACCUAUGAGCAGAUCAGCGAAUUUCUGUCAGAUGAUUCCCUGCAGCUACCUUCUGAAGUUACAGCCUUCCAGAUUGCCAUGAAAUGGCUGGACUUUGAUGAGAAGAGGUUAAAGUAUGCGGCAGAUCUGCUAACUCUCAUCCGGUUUGGCACUAUCACUCCCCAAGACCUGGUGAAUCAUGUCCAAGGUGUGCCAAGAAUGAUGCAGGACCCCGAGUGCCACCGCCUCCUCGUCGAUGCUAUGAAUUACCAUCUGCUUCCGUACCAACAGAACAUCCUCCAGUCACGCAGAACAAAAGUACGUGGUGGUCUCAAGGUGAUUCUCACAGUUGGCGGACGCCCUGCCUUGACAGAGAAAUCUCUCAGCAAAGACGUUCUCUACAGAGAUUCAGAUAACGUGUGGAAUAAGCUGACGGAGAUGCCAGCAAAGAGCUUCAAUCAGUGUGUUGCAGUCCUGGACGGAUUCCUGUAUGUUGCGGGGGGUGAGGACCAGAAUGAUGCAAGAAACCAGGCAAAACAUGCCGUGAGCAACUUCUGCAGGUAUGACCCCCGGUUCAAUGCUUGGAUUCACUUGAGCAACAUGAUCCAGAGGCGCACCCACUUCAGCCUCAACACAUUCAAUGGCCUCUUGUUUGCCAUCGGAGGGCGAAAUGCUGAUGGUGUGCAGGCCUCUGUGGAGUGCUACGUGCCUUCCUCCAACCAGUGGCAGAUGAAAGCACCCAUGGAGGUCCCCCGCUGCUGCCACGCCAGCUCCGUGAUCGAUGGAAAAAUACUCGUAUCUGGAGGUUACAUUAAUAACGCCUACUCCAGGUCUGUGUGCUCUUACGACCCCUCCACUGACACCUGGCAGGAUAAGAGCAGUCUGAGCACGCCUCGAGGCUGGCACUGUGCCGCCACUGUGGGAGACCGCGCCUAUGUAAUCGGCGGAAGCCAGCUAGGAGGGCGCGGGGAGAGGGUGGACGUCCUUGCUGUCGAAUCUUACAACCCUCAUAGUGGGCAGUGGAGCUACUGCGCACCUCUUCACACGGGGGUGAGCACAGCAGGGAUUUCCAUUUUGAAUAGCAAGAUCUAUCUCCUCGGUGGCUGGAACGAGGGCGAGAAGAAGUACAAGAAAUGCAUUCAGGUUUACAACCCUGACCUCAAUGAAUGGACUGAGGAUGAUGAGCUGCCAGAAGCCACAGUCGGAAUUUCAUGCUGUGUCGUCACCAUACCGACACGGAAAACACGAGAGUCCAGAGCCAGUUCGGUUUCAUCUGCACCUGUCAGUAUAUAA